CUAGUCAUAUAGUUGACACACUGUAGAACAGGUGGUAGAGCCUGCUUAAAUAUAACGUGAAAGAAAUUUAACGAAACUUUGUUUUCCCCCCCACGAUUCUUCUUACCCAAGAUGCCUUGGGUGCAUCGGUUUCGUAUUCGGUUUUGAAGUUUCGCGGGCUCUCGCUCAGCGCCGAACGUUAUCAAAGUUGAGCAUUUCGUAACCACCACAGGCUUAGUCGCUCUUUCGACUAAGGUAUGGCGCGCGCGUUCGGGUGCGAGGAAUGAAAUUUUUUGUCUUCUUCUGUGAAACUAAAAAAAAAGUGCCGUGACGUCCGACUUACCCGUCGUUCGUAAAUUUAUUCGAACGCCCUCGCGUCUUUACCGAAUCCUCUCGGUACGUCGGCGUUCGGGCGUCUCUGCGACGGAAUUUGCUUCACGCGCUACGUAAUCGUAACAAGCAGUGAACCUGAUGAAAAAUUCGUAUCGGCUAAUUAGGCGAUACCGAAAGUGCCUCGUCGUCGCCCUAAGGCUCCCUCCGCAACCGGCGACGGACUCGCGCUCUUUACGCCCACGCAUAAUUAUCUCGAGUUGAGAGCUGCUUUCACCGGGCGACCGUCGAUGUACUUUUGACCUUCCGUUUACUCUAUUAACGGAACGACCACGCUGCUCGGGGCAUUGGGACGCGAUUUUCUCUUCUGCCUUCCACGUACUAAUUGGUCGGGAAUGACUUUGAUUACUCGACGACGUUAUUUGUUUAAGAUAUAUAUUUUUUUUCGGCUUCUCCCACUUCAUGCUGUUUAGACGUAUUUUAUUUCCUCGCUGUAAUUUCGUUAAUGGAACCGAAGGCCACUUUUUUUUCUGGGACGCGGCUGACUUCGUUACUUUGUAUAAUGGACGUGUACGGCGGGUAAAUUAAAAUUGUAAUUAGUCGAAUUCAGGUUUCGAUGGUCAAUCGUUUCCGGGGCGAGGAUAUUUAUGUACGUCGAUGACCGAUCCGGUCCGAAACUAUGUGUGGAAUAUAAAUUUUGUACGGGGGAAGGAUUUCUUUUUAAUUUCCGUUCCUACGUAUUCACAUUGGCGCAGGAGCGCAACUGUUCACUGUGUUUGCAGGCUCGAGUGUACUCUCUCGGCUCGUCGGGAAUCGCGAUAUGACGUCGGGACCUUAUCUUGAAAGUGCGAUACCUUAGAGUCGGUCAGGAGUUACGCCGAAAGCGAGUAACAAGUUAACGGAGUGAUUUGGAAAUUUAAAAAAAAGAAACAAGUGUCGAGGAGUCAUGAUCGCGACUUCGACUAACAAACAGAUCGUCCUGGGAGUCUGGGAAUACGAGGACGAUGAACCACCCGUCGGCAGGUUUGCCUCCAGGAGGAAGAGCGUCUUCGCGGAGACUUAUAAUCCUGAGGAGGACGAGGAGGAGGAGGGGGCCAAGAUGGUACAUCCAAAGAGUGACGAGCAGCGACAGAGGCUUAGCGAGAGCGUCAAAACAAUUCUUCUAUUCCGCGCCCUAGAUAAGGAACAAAUGGCCGAUGUCCUGGACGCGAUGUUCGAGAAGACUGUCGAGGCUGGUGAAUUUAUUAUACGACAAGGUGACGACGGUGACAACUUUUACGUCAUCGAGAGGGGGAAGUUCGAGGUCUACGUGAAGGAAGCUUCGGGUAACGAUACUCUGAUACACACGUAUGACAAUAGCGGUGCUUUUGGAGAGCUGGCCCUUUUAUAUAACAUGCCACGAGCGGCAAGCGUGAAGGCCGUCACACCAGGAACACUUUGGGCCAUGGACAGACAGACUUUCCGUCGUAUACUCCUGAAGUCUGCCUACAAGAAGCGCAAGAUGUACGAGGACCUGAUCAACAAGGUUCCCAUGUUAAAGUCAUUGGAGUCGUACGAGCGCAUGAAUCUGGCGGACGCACUGGUGCCAAAACACUUUUCCGACGGCGAGAGGAUCAUACGACAGGGAGACAUAGCCGACGGGAUGUAUUUCGUUGAGGACGGCGUAGUGAGGAUCACCAAACUCGGUGACAACGGCCGUGAAGUCGAGAUCAAUCGCGUACCCGCCGGUGGAUAUUUGGGAGAGCUGGCUCUCGUUACGCACAAGCCUCGUGCAGCUUCGGCCUACGCCGUUGGAAACGUCAAGCUGGCCUUCCUCGACGUGGAAGCAUUCGAGCGCCUCCUGGGUCCGUGCAUGGAACUAAUGAAGCGCAACAUCGACGACUACGAGGAUCAGCUCGUAAAGAUAUUCGGCAGUAAAACCGAUAUAUCCGAUAUCCGAUGAGCUGCCGCCGUCACGGAACAUCACGACGCGACGCUGCAUCGCGGAAAGUCGAACCGUACCACGGCGUUUAAUGAUCAGAAACUUCUACCACCCGCUUGUGAACCUCAUUCAAGUAUUUUAAGUAAACUUCUAAAGACGACGCUCGUACGUUCGCGCGCUAAUUAGAGAGUCCCCCCCUCACCACCCACGUGCGUGUACACGAGAGAUAUAUUCACCGUAUGUCACACGGCUAUGUUUAACCAUUUGUUAUACCGCUGUAGAGCAUUGAAUGCGACUGGCCAUUGUUAAUAGGACGUUUGCGCUGCGGAAGUUGACUGCGCCGUCUAGCGGGAAAUUGGGUAAACGAAGGUGCGUCGAAGGGUGUACGAGAGGCUGGGGGGAGGGACCGGCGACGAUCUUCGCUACUUACGAGAAUUUUUGCUCUGCUUCUCUACUUGCUCUCGUUGUCCGAGUGCUGACGAAUUUACUUAAUGCGUCCGUCUGCUUUGUUUUUCUUUAUCUCGCGGUUUACGAUUUUCAUGCACUCACUGCUAUUUAAUAAUUAGUCAACGUACUUUCGAUGUCCGUUCUGUCGUUAUUUAUUCGUUCUUUUUUUUUUGUCAUUGGUUUCCUUUUUCUUUUUCGUUUAAUUUUUCUUCUAUUUCACGGUUACGCGCUCGAGUUCUCUGACUGUGCCUGCGAAUUCACUCCGAGAAGCACGUGGGGAAUCUGACUGAAACGGUUCUGCGCAGAGGCGAAUUUCAAGCUGAGCACGCACGGUACGGGAUAAUGAAUAUAAAUAUGGCGACAAAUCUUACUGUAGAUUUCGCGAUCGAGCGUCACGCACAAUUCGCUUUAUCACGGUAAACGGCGUCGAAGGACGCGAGCAAAGCUUUCGCGUCGGUAUCGACGCGUCGUCGAGUAUCUUUAUCGCUCCGCGUGUUUCUGAGAUAAGAGAGUAAUGGGCCAAAGUGGAAGAUUAAAAAAAUCGUAUUAAUAUGAAAAUUGCUCUGAGAGAAGAAAAAGGGGUUAAAAGCACAUAUAUAUAUAUAUAUAUAUAUACACAGCGAAUCUGUGUAUAUUUUUCGAAUUCGCAUUAUUAGAAGAUCGCCGUCUUCUAGGGGGAGAAAAAAGGGGAAAAAAAAACGUGGCACGAGCAUUCGAUGUUUUUCAAUGUUAAAUCUUCGAGUUUGCAGUCGUCUACAUUCGUGCUAUGAAAUCCCGAUGUUAGACAAGUAGAAAUCGUCUGCUUUCGAAGUCCACCGAUAGUUCAUUAUUAACGAUUCACUUAUUUCUUCUUUUUUUUUUUAAUAUUGCCACAAGAUAAGAUUCUCUUUGUCUUUUUUUUCCUUUUUUUUUUUAUCUUGAUUCAGAUGUUUUUCAUCCUCUCUCUUUCUUCUACUCUUAUACGCAGAUUUACUCUUACACACACCCAUGCUUACACAACUGUACAUGUAUACUCACUAUCCACAUAGAUCUCAUUCAAUUUAUGUUUAUUAUUUAUGGAAUCUCUUGACAAAGAUCUUUAUAUUUUCGUACCGUCAGGUUCAACGGUUGAAGCGGUUUUCUUUUUAUAGCGAAUUUGUUAUUCUUAUCUUAAAUUACACGAUUGAACCGUUUCUGAAAGUAUUCAGCUUCGAGGUAUACGUUCGAUUGACGAUCGCGAAAGAAUUCCCACUUCCUUUACGAUUAGGAUUAAGAUUGAAUUUGUUGGGUAUUACAGAAAUACAAGAAACGACAUAUGCGUCGCAGUAUUGUUACGGUAAUCGUUUCGACGUAAUGGCGUGACGUAUGUCGAUCUUAAAAGUGUCUCGAAUGCGUAAAAGCGUAAACGAGUAUCGAUUUAGGAAUAAUGGGUAAUCUCGCGAGUAGCCGGUUACUAUGGAAGCAACCAGCUAUGUGUUUUAUUAGCCCGAAGUAAAAAAAAAAAAAAAACAGAAAAGGAAGAGAAGUAUUAUUAAAUACGUAAAUUCUUCAUUCGAUGUUU